AUGUCAUCGUCUGCUAAAAACCCCAAAUAUUUUUCCUCAAAGUCUCUAUCCAAGCCACAAAAGCUGACAAUUGAAGUGUCAGAAGCUCCGAAAGAAGUCAGACAAGAGCCAACGCAAAAAUUCGAAAAGAACUCUCCAAAAGGCCUCAAGAACUUCCAAAGCAUAUUAACGCCAGGCACUCCAAGUAAACCUUCAAGAAUUCAGCCUCCUACCACUCGUCCUCGGAGCGCUGCUGAGACUAUAAAAACAAAAGAAACCCCAACCUCCACGCCAACAUCUCUGACUCCAAAAGGAGAAUCAAAAGACACCCACAAGAACCCUAUGAGUUAUCAGUUCCAACCGCACCCGAACUCGUUAGCGACAAAAGGAAAAAGCAAGAGCACAAAAGUCCUCCCAAGACAGACAAGCAAAUCAGUAGAAGUCCCUGAAUCGCCUAAAAAUGACUAUGACUUAUCAAACGUGGUCACCAAAGUAAAGCGCCAAAGUUUGCCUAAGCAAGACACUCAUGAGGAGCAAAAAAAUAAAUCGGAACUGUUGUAUAGAGAACACUUAUUUCAGACCUUCCAAGCAAUGAAAUUCGUCAAGACACUGAGCAAUCCAGACCCAGUCCAAUUAAGAAAUAAAAGGGUUAGCUUGCCCAAGCGGCCAGGGUGGGAAACGAAAAAAACCAUUGUGUUCGAUUUGGAUGAAACUUUGGUCCACUGCACUGAAGAUUUGAACUCCGCAGAUGUUAUUUUGCCAGUAACCUUCCCUACUGGAGAUGUGAUAAAUGCUGGGGUCAAUAUCAGACCUUUUGUAAGAGAAUGCUUAAGUGAAGCGAAUAAAUUAUUUGAGGUAAUCGUAUUUACUGCCAGUCAUAAAUGCUAUGCAGACGUAGUGCUUGAUUAUAUUGAUCCUUAUAGAGAAUUAAUUCAUCAUAGAUUAUAUAGGGAGUCCUGCCUAAUGUGUGAAGGAAUUUAUGUUAAAGAUCUAAUUCUCCCCCUCCGUGAGCGAACAAAACCAUUAGAAAAAUCCCCAAAACCCCGUGAGUGAACAAAAAUUUUUUUAAUAGGAAAAAUUUUUUAUGGAAAAAAAUUGAUAUAUAAGUGAUAAUUAGUAUAGUGAAAUCUCGAGCUAAUUCUGUUUAAUUUUAAACAAAUUGCGUUUUAAAGCAUAAAUUUUAUAAAUUAAAUUAAUAUUUGUUUCCCAAUUUUUGCAAAUUAGGAUUUUUUUAAAAUUUCGAAAAAAAAAAAUUUGUUCUAUAAUUUAUAUAUAAAUUAUUUUAAAAAAAAAAAAUUAACCCCCCUCCGUGAGUGAACAAAAUUUUUUUGUUCACUCACGGAGAGGGGCGGAGUAAGAGUUUUUACUAAUAGAAGGCUGCAGGAUUUAGUUAUCGUAGAUAAUGCUGCGUAUUCAUUUGGGUUUCAAAUUGACAAUGGGAUACCUAUUAUUUCAUGGCAUGAUGACAAAAAUGAUAAAGAACUUUUUAAUUUAAUUGAUUAUAUGAAUGUGCUAGCCAAUUCAAGUGAUGUCAGAGAAGUUAAUAGACAAACUUUUAGACUUAGGACAUUUUAUGAAGAUUAUAUACAAGAAUUUGUAGCAAAGGAUGCUUCAAAAACUCCUUCCACUCCAACAAGCCAAACAAGAAGAUCACCAAGACAAGCCAAAAAGCCUUACUCCUAUUGGUUAACGAGCAAGCUUUUUGCAUGCGAAGGAGUUUAUUUUCAAAAAAUAGAGACUUUUCUAAUAUAUUUGCUCUUUAAUCAAGGGGAAGUUAG